CACUAAUCACUUCACAAACAAGCAUUAUCGCGUUCAAAUUCCAGCAUGCGCGCGAGGCGUCCAAUGUCCUGCGCGAAGGUCAUUCACACUCUGCUUCUACUGGUCGGUGAUAAGCUAUACGCGGAAGGCGAAGGUCUCCGGUCACCGCCCUAAUGGCGAACCUCUCCAUUCUCAUCCACGAGCUUCGGGAGCGCAUUGCCGCCGCCUCUACAUCUUCCUCUGCCGGGGGAGGCGGCUGCAGUGAUGCGGAUCCUCUCGAGUCGCGCUUCCGCGUCGUCCUUCCUAACCUCCUCCACGCAUAUGUGGUCCCAUCACCCUCUGCCAAGGAACGAGAAGUCACGGCCGUGCUGAAACUCCUCUCCCAUACCGCCCGGAACUUUCCCGGGGUUUUUUUCCACGGCAAGGCCACGGCUGUACUCCCUGUUAUCGGCCGCGUCCUCCCCUUCCUUGCCGAGCCGUCCUUCCGCUCCCACCAUGAGCUCAUCUUCGACACUGUGUCCACCCUGCUCACGCUGCUCCGAACGGGAGAGCGAGACGCCUACCGCCAGUUCUUCCUAGACGCCAUGCUGGUCGUUGAAGAUGUUUCUUAUGUGGCAUUUCUGCACCGGGACAUGGUGCCAUCAAGAAGUGUUUCCUUGAAGUGCUUCUGUGAGACUUUUUCUUUAAUUUCUACAUCCCCGUCUCUAUUCAGCGAGAUUCCUGCUUGUUGCCUGCUGGAGGAUGGUGCAGGUAUUGUGGUUGAUCUUGGCGACAAGCCUCGGUGGCAGUGUUUUGCCGCAUGGAUUAUGAGGCUUCUGAGCAAAUGCCUAACCGAAGGGACCCUUUACGUGGAAGGGUUAAUGCACGCAUCUUUUGUUUCUGCUGCCUGCUCUCUUUUGUGCUACGGCGACGGGGCAUUGCAUACGGCUUGUUUUGACUUUGUACGUAUUACAAUGUCAGUUGUAGAUGCAGACAUAAUUCCAGUGGAGAAUUUUAUUCGUUCAAUCGUGUGUGUUCUGCAGCAGGAUGAGAAAGAACAUGCUGUUUUCAGGUAUUAUACAUAUCUAUGUUGGUGGAUGUUCCUCUUCUUUCCAAGACUUGAGUAGAUGCCACGGUUGUUAAUGUCAUUUGUAGGUUAUGAACUAACCAAUUAUACUCUUAUUUCAACCAUUUGGAAGAAGAAAGAUUUAUGUUUGGAUCAGUCUGAAUGAAUGGAUCGACACUAAGUUGGUAUCAAUGAUUGCAUAUAAACAAACACUUGACUUCUUCGAAUAUAUUUUUAAAGAAAGUGAUUCACGAAGAUUUGAUCCUUCCUAUAUCUUAGCUUGAAAGAACUUGAAAAAAUGCACCUAACAGUUAUUGCAGAAGAUUAUUACAAUCAUUUUGAAGAGCGCUCUAAUCAAAUCUCAGGCAUUACACUUUCUUUUCUCAAAGAUGCGUUGAUUUAGUUUGCACAUUGAUAUUUGGUGAGAAGUGCAUGUGGUGGAUGAUUUAAAGUCUAUUCAUCCAGAAUUUGGCCUAAAAACAUUAAUUAGACCAUUAAAUUUGCUUCAGUAGAGGACGAUCAUGCAGGAACUCAAACAAUCAUUCAAGUUCUAAUCAAAAUGAAUAGUUUACUAGCUGAGGAUGCUUCGUGGGUACUAUUGGAUGAGUUAAAGUAUGUUCAUCCAGAAUUAGGCCUCGCGUGCAAGGUAAUUUUUUAUGGCAAGAGUAAUGAUGUAAAACUGCAACCUGCACUAGAAAUCAAGCAAAUAAAUAUAAGGAAACAAUCGGGCUGUAUGAAAGACUUCAAAGUUACUUCAACUUGAAUGGCAGAAAACUAUUUGAUCUUCAAAAAAUAGAUAAGAUUGAAAUAGAUUGUUACGUUAGAAUCAUAGCUGUAAUAACUAA